CUUAUUAAAUCCCCAAAUCUUUUUUUUUUUUUUAAUCUCAAUUAAAUCCCCAAAUCCAAAUUAAGCAAAAAGGGUGAAUCCUAAACCUGGGAAAAUCUUAAUUACUUCAGUGUCGUCCCCAUUUCUGUGUCAGACACGUCCGUUAGUGGCGCAAUCUUCGGCAAUAAAUCAGGGGAAGAUAACCUUCCGUUGAUUCGGACUUAUCCUCUUGAACACUAUUCGGGUGCAACUCCUCGGACUCGCUAGCUCGGAUUCAACCACUGUUCCAUUUCACGGACUGUUAUCUAACGGACCCUCGAUGAAAUCGGAGUGAACUUUUUAUCAGUGAUGGCUGUGCAUGAUGACGUAAAUGGGUCGAUUGAAAAAUCAAGCAGUAGCAUGGAUGAGUUGCCAACUUUCCAUGCUGAGAAUAUGCAAAACAACAUGAAAGUCAUUUACUACAGCCGUACAUUCUUGUCAAUCAUCAGUGGUGCCAUAGCUGGGAUACUGGGAUUUACUGGCUUGACGGGACUCAUUUUUUAUUUCCUUGUUAUGGCGAUUACUUCAGUAGCACUCGCAGCAAAGGCCAGAUUUUCAGUACACUCCUACUUCAACAGCUGGAAUAGCAUUAUCUUUGACGGAUUUCUCGGCGGGCUUAUGUCGUUUGUGCUCUUCUGGACAUCCUAAUGUAUUUUCAAGAUCUGCAAGGUAGAGCUAUGUUCCUUCUCUUCUCUGCUAGUAAGACUAUUUUCACAUCUUUUCACUUUUUCACCUCCAGCCCGAUGACUAACUUUGGUUGUCGAAAUUGUCAUGUUUAUUUUCCUAUCAAAUAAAAAAAGCUAAUGAACUAUUUCAAGAAAUUGUAAAAAUAUAUUUUCUUGCUCAAAUUCUUCAAAAAUAUUUUCGUGUGUGUUGGAUCCUUUAAAAGUACCAGUGCAUUCCUUGGAGGAUCCGACAAGGGUGCGAUCACAUUUUUGGAGAGUCUGAGCAACUUUCUGAUAUUUCCUUGACAUGCAAAAGAUUUGCAUAUGACAUUGUGCAUAUAUUCUGAUUUCUGAUGAUUCCUGGAAUGACAAAAGAUCACUUGCCUUACGCUAUAAUGAAAGCCCUUCUACCUGCAAGUCAGAGAGUUGCUGGAGGCAUUUUCAAGAUUGUUAGUCCACAUCCAUGGUGUUUUCGUUCUAAUAAUUCUUUUGUGAAUUGUUCUGUAAAGAAGCAGUUGACCAAUUUUAUCAAAAAUUCAUCAAUCAAGUUUUGUUAGUGGCCUUUUCUUUUCUUGCAUAUUCAUGGUUAUUAAAGCUCUGGGAAGUUGUAUACUUGUAUAACCUUUUAUUAGCACUGAUGAACAAUGUUAAAUUGACAUUGAUGACCUUGUAAUCCUAUUUUUCAUCUCGUCUAAAA